AGAAUGAAUGGUAUUUUUUUUUUUACACUUGGAGCUAUAUUCAGCGCUAAUUGGCUAACAACGCAAUGAAAGUGACCGGCGUUCUAACGAAAAUCUACCCGUUGACGCGUCCUAUCUUGGGAUACUGCGCACGCGCAGAAAAAUUCGAAUUAGGUGGCGCGGAUCGACCAUCUGACAGUUAGAGGAUAUGGCGUCUCUGCAGAUGAUUACGUUGAGUCAACCGCGCCCUUCCAGAACCGUCCAGAAAGCGCAGUUAACUUACAAACUGUAUUUGCUGGAAAAUGCUCGAAAUAAGCUGGAGCAAGAACUCCGGGACUUCACUAACCAGAAUAACAUCACAGCCAUUGAACCAGCAUUUGGUACGUUUGGCAGUGUAGGCAGGUGCCAAGUCCUGCUGCAAAAUGAAAUAAACCUCUCCAUGAAGCUUAUGAGCAGAAGCAAGCAUCUGGUCCUUAAAAGUUCCUGGUGCCUUGACUGUGGACUUCAAAAAAUCUGUUGGAUCGAUGGUGAUGAAAUCAUGAUGACAUAUGAAGUGGUACAUGGUGUCCUCAACUCAUCUUUUUCAACCAGUGGGUUCAAAGUUGUUACAAAGGCUGUGGACAUAAAGUGCAAUGAAAUUGCAAAGCUCUCAGCUUUCAUAAAGGAUCAUAAAGCUGACCGUCAAUCAUUUGACGGGGUGAGCUUCAACUACUUUCAGCCACUCAAAGCCUCUCUGUCCCAUCAGCAGAUUAAAGUUUCACUCCACUCUCUGUGGCCUUUAGUGCAGCAACAUGGCAACAAGUCAUCCAGCUUCGACAGCACUGCUGUCACUGCCAUCUCCUGUUUUUUAAAGCCGAAAGAGACGGCUGUUUUUAAGGAUAAAACCAAAGAAGUCUCCAUGCACGUCCCUCCUGACAUUAUUCAGAGCAAUGUGAUCACUGAAGAGAAGUCGAAACCACUACUACCUCCUUUACAAGAUGCAUUCUCAGAGAUGACGCAGUGUAACCCUAAAUCUCAGGUAAUCUGGGGCCAUGGCGACAACGUCCAGGUGCAACACCAAAAGCAAACUUCCUCCCAGCUGCUGUGCUUUCUCAAAGAGAAAGCUAAAACCACUGGUUUACUCGAGCCCACUGGUUUGGAGUGUACUAAAUGCAAAUACAAGGUAAACAAUUCGGAUUCUCCACUCCGAACGUCAGCUACCAUCAAAAAAAAAAGCUGCCAAUUCAGACAUGUGACAGACAAUCGUGUUGAUGAACGAGCUCCUAAAACGUUGCACACCAAUGUUAGCCAAGCUGCAGUUUUCAGAUUGAAAAGAGUCAACUCUCACGGAUCUUUGAUUUACAGUUGCGUCAUCGCCACACAAACUGAAUUAUGGGAUGUGGGAGAUAUCUACACAGAGGUUCCGCUGGAAGAAUCUGUACAUAGUAGUCCUUCGGAAAGUGAAAAGUCCCUAAAUGCAUUUCCUCGGGUGGAGAACCCUUGUCCAAAUAUAGAAUUGAAAUUGCAAACUCUGCAGUGCACACAACCCAGACCCGAGAAUAACUUGGGCCAUUCGGAUGGGCUGGCAGCUAAUAAUGUAAAUAUUCUCGAAUUUGAGAUCCGGAAGUUUGAAGAAACUGAAGUGGUGGUAUCUCAUGUUGUCAGCCCCAGCAACUUCUACAUCCAACAUGCUGACUCCACCAAGAAACUGGAGGCUCUUUUCACAGACCUUAAAGUCAGUCAUUUGCAUGCUGAGCAGAACUGCAUUCCAGACAUUGGUGCUCAGGUUAUCUGCUGGCUUCCCCAAAAUGAACAUUGGUGUAGAGCUCAGGUGGCUAAGAUCUCUGGAGUGAGCAGAUAUAAUAAUGCUAAAGAUGGGCCUUGGAGAGAGUCGUCCAUAAACAUGGAGGUGAAAAGGCUGGACUAUGGUGACAGUUACUGUGUCUCACUCUGUAAUAUUAAGCUGCUCUCCCCAGAAAUGGCUGUGUUGCCACUUCAGGCUCUGCAGGUUUCUCUGGCACAUGUGACGCCCAUUAAUGGCAGAGAUUGGACUGAGGAGGCGGUGGGUUGGUUCAAAGCGAUGGUACAUGACAGGACUCUCUAUGCCAGAUUCUACCCACAAGGGCCCACAGUUACAGUAGAGCUGUUUCUGGAAAAGGGCAAACUUGGAGCUAUGAGGAGGGGUGCAUCUCUCUCUCUGAGAUUGGCCCAAAAUGGACAUGCAAAGCAUGACAAACUAAAGAAUAACAGCCUUUUGAAGAAGAGUGCUGUUCAACUUCAAAUGAGGGAACGGGAGUCUGAAUGGGAGAAAUAUCUCAUCUCAUGCUACUCUCACAACAAGAAGAAAACUCUGCAAUCUAGAUUGACCUGCUUCAUGCGUUUUGUGAACUGCCAACCUGGUUCUCUGCAGCAAGUGGCCCAGGUCAAAAGCUUCCUUCACGUCACUGCCCUGCUAAGCACAAUAAAUAAUGUGGCAGGGCUAAGGCCUUUUGUGUCCACACAGAUUCCUUCUUUUGCUACAGACCUGGAGUCGAAGAUGAAUUGGGGGAGCUUUUAUGCUGUGAUCAGCGGUGUAAACAGGCAUUCAACCGGCAUCGGACGGAUUUGGCUCUCCGUCAUCUUUAUUUUCCGCAUCCUGGUGCUGGUGGUUGCCGCCGAGAGCGUUUGGGGGGAUGAGAAGUCCGGCUUCACCUGCAACACCCAGCAGCCCGGCUGCAACAGCGUCUGCUACGACCAGUUCUUUCCCAUCUCGCACAUCCGGUUGUGGGCUCUCCAGCUAAUCCUGGUCUCCACCCCCGCCCUGUUGGUGGCGAUGCAUGUGGCCCAUCGGCGACAUGUCGACAAGAAGGCGAUGAAAAGGUCGGGCCGCGGCAGCCCCAGGGAGCUGGAGCACAUCAAGAACCAGAAAUUUCAGAUCACUGGAGCUCUUUGGUGGACAUACAUGAUCAGCAUUAUCUUCAGGAUCGUCCUGGAGGUGGCAUUCCUCUACAUCUUCUACUUGAUCUAUCCUGACUUUAAAAUGGUGCGUUUGGUGAAAUGUGACUCGUACCCCUGCCCCAACACGGUGGACUGCUUCGUCUCCAGACCAACAGAAAAGACCAUAUUCACAGUGUUCAUGCUGGCAGUGUCUGGGGUGUGCCUGCUGCUCAACGUGGCCGAGGUGGUUUACCUCAUAGGUAGGGCCUGUAAACGGAGCAUGAGUCGCCCCGAGGAUGAGUCAAAAGCAGCUUGGAUAACUCAAAGGUUGUCAUCAUACAGACAAAAUGAAAUCAGUCAGCUGAUAGCAGAUCAUUCUCUCAAAUCAAAGUUAAGUGUGACCAAAAAGAUCCCAACGGAAAAGGGAGAGAGGUGUUCUGCCUUCUGAGGCUUCAUUAAACUAAUGAAUCAUGCCUGUCAAAUAAGUAUCCUCUGCAUUAAUGACACCUAAACUGUAUAUUUUAUUUUACCAUUUAUUUAUAUAUAAUAAAAUCAGUUAUUUGUU